GAGAGAGAGAGUGUGUGUGUGUGUAAGAGAGAGAGAGAGAGUGUAAGAGAGAGAGAGAGAGAGAGGGAGCUUGGUGGAGUGAGCGCAGAGAGCCACGGAGACGCAGCGGAGCAUCAGGGCGUCUUCAUCUGACCGGGAUAAAUAAAUGAGAGACAACUUGGCAGAAAACAGCGACAUACUUGGUGGGAAACAAUCGGAGAUAUCGCCCCGGCGCACGGACGCACAAUGAAAGGGUCACCUGGCUGUGCAUCGGGUUUGGAUUCGUCUUGUUGUGUGAAACCGCUGCGACUUUGACACCAGAGUCUCUCCAGUUGGAAUUCCAGGCACCGCGGAUCGAAAACUUGGAGUUGGGACAUCCAGGAACCAGUCAGGGAGUAAGCUACAAUCAUACCCACCCACUGCUCUCAUUGGAAUAGGAAGACGCCAAAGUAAGACCACCACCAUGGACGAGGAGCAGUGCUACUACAACGAGACCAUCGCCUUCUUCUACAACCGCAGUGGCAAGUACCUCGCCACCGACUGGAACGUUGUCAGCAGGCUGGUGAUGGGCCUGGGCAUCACCGUGUGCAUCUUCAUCAUGCUCGCCAACCUCCUGGUGAUGAUCGCCAUCUACGUGAACAGGAGAUUCCACUUCCCCAUCUACUACCUGAUGGCCAACCUGGCAGCUGCUGACUUCUUCGCCGGACUGGCCUACUUCUACUUGAUGUUCAACACGGGGCCCAACACGCGGCGCCUGACCGUCUCCACGUGGCUGCUGCGCCAGGGCCUGAUCGACACCAGCCUGACGGCGUCCGUGGCCAACCUGCUCGCCAUCGCCAUCGAGCGCCACAUCACCGUGUUCCGCAUGCAGCUGCACACGCGCAUGAGCAACCGGCGCGUUGUCGUGGUGAUUGUCAUAAUCUGGACCAUGUCCAUCGUCAUGGGCGCCAUCCCCAGCGUGGGCUGGAACUGUAUCUGCAGCAUUAGGUCCUGUUCCAACAUGGCGCCGCUGUACAGCAACUCCUACCUGAUCUUCUGGGCAGUGUUCAACCUGGUGACGUUUGUCGUCAUGGUGACGCUGUAUGCCCACAUCUUUGUGUAUGUGCGGCAGAGGACCAUGAGGAUGUCGCGGCACAGCUCCGGACCGCGGCGCAACCGCGACACCAUGAUGUCGCUGCUGAAAACCGUGGUGAUUGUGUUGGGUGCGUUCAUCGUCUGCUGGACGCCCGGCCUGGUCAUCCUCCUGCUCGACGUCUUCUGCGCCAACUGCAACGUGCUCACCUACGAGAAGUUCUUCCUGCUCCUCGCCGAGUUCAACUCGGCCAUGAACCCCAUCAUCUACUCGUACCGCGACAAGGAGAUGAGCGCCACCUUCCGGCAGAUCCUGUGCUGCCAGCGGCAGGAGAACGUCAACGGCACGGUGGCGGAGGGGUCCGACCGGUCGGCGUCGUCCGUCAACCACACGGUGCUCAGCGGCAGCGGCGUCCAGCACCACCAGCACCACCAGCACCACCAGCACCACCAGCACCACAACGAGCACUCGGUGGUAUAAGAGGAGGGCUGGAUGUGGUGGGGGAUUAAUCUGGUUGACAGGUUUGAUCUCUUGUGGAAAUAGUGACUGGUCAACGGAGGUGUGGGAAGGUUGGGGGGGGGGGGGGGUUGCAAACAUGAUAGGAAAGAAAGACAGUUACGUGAUGAAUGAAGAUGAAGGAGUGGAUUCGACGAUGAGCCGAGUGAAAAAACCCAAAUGAAGAAGAGAAUGGCAACUAUGAAAUGAAGAAAGAUGAAAAGACUUUGUCUCCGUGUGGAGGAAGAACACGGGAGUGCAGUCUGAUCUUCAAGGACUCUGAUAGGUUGUUAAGUAUUAUUGUUUAUUAGCUGUUUAUUAUUUCCCUGUCUGUGUUUAAAUGUCUCGUUACGGGGAAAUGCUGAUAUGAACUAUUUAAGAGUAAUCUGUGAAAUGAAGGUAAUGCCAGUAUAAUCCGUCCCCUUUUCUCCGGUCCUCUCUAACCCUGCGUCCCUCUUGGUCUUGGUCUUGGGUUUCAUCGUGGGUUCACAUCCUUUUCACAUUAGCUGCAUCAGAACCCAAAGUAAGAACUCUGAUCUGUUUGAAGAAAAAGACUUCACAAUCUGUGGAAAUUCAAACCAAGACAUACCGCUUUGUACUUGCGACAUGUUGAAUACACGCCGUCUCCAGCAGCGCUAAUUUUAGAAUGACCUUGCGGAGAAUUAAAGCCCCAGUGUGUAAUCUUUGUAAACCGCAACCGACUGAGCGCCCGACAGGGGACACUUGAUGGCGGCGCACCGCUGAUCCCAUUUCUGGGUCUCCGGCAGCGUCUGAAAAUUCAACGCGAACGCGACGUAAUACUGGAACCGUUUUGUGCAACAACAGCGUUCAACGCGACGUGGCAAAGAUGGCGUCUCACACGGACGUCGGGUCCACGUCAUGUAACUAUAUUUAACUCAUUCAAAGUUGCAGAAAAAAAACAUUGGUUCUUUGUUGCAGGUGAUUAUACGUAUAUGAACACAUAGUUAUGGACAAUAUAUUCAAUUUCUGUGAAUAAGUUCUUCUAAAUAUGACACACUGUAGCUUUAAGGUUGGUUUUUCUUGAACGUGUUUGGAAAUAUUUCCAGGGCUUAAAUAAAAAAAAGAGAAGAAACUGGAGACACCAAAGUGGCCAAUUUAUCAAGUAAUUGUCCUGCCAGUGAUUUCAACAAUAAAAGAUACUUUUGGCGACUGACCAAAAAUACUGCAGUGCUUGCUCUACACAUUAUGGAGCAUGGAAGUAACAAGAGCCGGACAUUCUGAUUUGGAAAUGGCCGUUUUGUCCAGGGAUCAAUAUUUCGUUCAGGGUUGGGGAUCGGGUUCCUCCGUAAUUCAAUCACAAACGUUAAUUGGCUGAUGGCGGUUUGUCGUCCCAGGGAGCUCCCAUAUACAUCGUUGUUCUCUGGACGACAGCCACGUGGCAAAAUCUGCACACGCAAGAACAAGAGCCACGAUCCGUCUUCUCCAUUACAGCCAUCACUCAUUUGCAAAUGACCAGUGACUCGACAAACUUCAACGCACUUCAACUUCCACUCAAAAAGCCCCCUUUUUGUGGAUCCCUCCCAUCGGUUCCUUCUUAAACAAACGUGGGGGUCCAGGAUCUGAGAGAAACCCUCCGAGUUGUUUGUUACAGACAAGCUGUUCCAGAAAGAGGAGGAGGAGGAUGUUUGGAUGCAGUUUGGAGCGCAGGGCUCUGUGCCACGGUGUUCUGUGGAGACGAGGUGAAGGUCAGAUCUGUUGAGCGCUAACAGACGUCAGGGUCUGACACCAAAUGUUGACUCGCGUGGUUUCAUCGAGUGUCCGCGAGGCCGACGGGGACAAAAUUAGAAAGGGGGGUUCAGGGUGAAACUCUGAAAAUAGAACCAUUUAAUCUCUUUGACGUUUUGAGAAGUGACAGGAUGGCCCAUUACAUCUUCUCGCCAUUCUUCUGAUCGCCAUCUUCGAUCGUCUACCAAUAUGCAGUUGGUUGCUUAGUUACAGGAAGUACUAUGAACUACAACAAUACCGCAGUGGUGAAAAGCAAGAGCAGGGAUUUCCUUCUUUUCUUCCCGGACACCGACGACGAGGUGCAGCCGCUACCGAGGCUGAAGUGUGAUGUUUCUGCCUCUCCAUACGACAGUGACGUUCUCGAACUAAGACGGGGCCAGAAGCGUUUCGGGCGCUUGACAGCUAAUCUAUAUCGGCAUAUGAAUUUAAACCCGGCAGGCAGAGCCAUAGGAGAAGACUAGAAUUGCUUCAAGAACUAAUUACACUAUUUAAUCGAUUGACCAAAUCCGUAUCUUUUGUGAUGAAUGCCCAGUUAACUGACCUUUUGAGGACUUGAGAACUACAGCACCACUGUCUUAUAGGAGUGUGUGGCUUCAACAAACACUUAUAUAUCAUGUUUUCUGUAUGUCACCGAAUCAGAUGGUCGGAGAUAUAUGAUGAUGCAGACGUUUACCUGAAUGUUUACCUAACAGCAACAUUGAGUAUUUCUGCUCGCCACUACAAUGAUGUAUCACAGUUUACCCUCGCGAUAAUACGUAAAUGGCCUUCGGGGUGUUUUCCCUGACGGACGAGAGGCGAGCCGGAGUUGAGCCCGACGCAGCGUUUGAGCGGCGCCACGUCAUUUCCACGGGGGCACUCCCUUGACUUUCCGCCGCCAAACAACUGGCGAUCCCGCGCCAGCCGAGAGUCGUAGAGCCGCGACUCCCAGUGACGUGCGUCCGUUGAAAGGCCGCCGGCGUCGAACUGUUUUGCCGUGACUUGAAUCAAAACACUUCUUGGCCAGAAUACACAAAGACAAAAGCUCGCAGCUCGCGGCAGCAGCUGACGAGCGACGGCGGGAAUCCCAGCCAAGAGUGGCGUCGGACACUUUUCCAGGAAGCGGGAUGUUUGUCAGGGAUCUAAACUCGCCGCGCUAACACAAAGUCAUCUGGCAUUGUCCGCUGUCAAAAAGUUGCGCAAACAGAUGUUCCGGGGCAACAAUCUUCAAUAAAGAUUCAUUUUACGUUUCAUCUGUGCAUUUCAUUUCUGUUACUUCUUUAGAAGCCUCGCAAGAGUCGUGGCAGCCACUCAUCCACGCCGACUCAACCCUCAGUAUUCGACAUCCACUCCCGCCGUUUUUUUUUUUUUCCUAACCAAGCAUCGAUUCAGGUUAUAUACAGCUAAACCAACUAAACUUGUUUCCGUCUUUGUGCGUGUCUUUGUUUACCAAGUGAGUGACUCCUUUGUAUGCCAUUGUAAGUAUACGUGUACAGUAUGUGUGUAUAUAUAAAAUAUAUUAUUCAAAGUUAAUCACCAAAGGGAAAAGUGUUUUCUGUGUCUGUACAUUUUUUAAAGGGUCAUACUCAUGUCCAAUUUGUACUGUAGGAUUUUUGUUCAUUGUUUUCUGUGUCGUGAGCUCUUUGUAUUACGGAUGGAUUUGUUGUCUUGUAUAGUUAUUAACUUGUUUUUUUUGUGACACCAGAGAACUAGGUAUCCAUGUGUGCAGUGCUUUUCCUCCAGAGUAACUCGACAGCAGGCUGAAAUUAAAGCGCAUGAUUUGCCGGAACGUUCCACCCUCUGACCACGCCCAGUGAUGACGUCACACGUGUACGUCACUGCAGCGAGGUGAGGCGGUUGAACCACUAGGGGGCGGCAAAGCCGAGAUGUUCAGCUGCUGUUUAAGCUACUCUUUAAUUUUUGUGUGACGCUAACACCGUUGUCUUACAUUUGCCUUAACAGUAGAACAAAAAAAAACAACAUUAAUCAGUCAGUGUUUUUUUUUUUUGGGGGGGGGGGGGGGUAUUUCACUUUUGUACAAGGUUUUCACCAGAGAGCAUGAUUUCUUUUAAAUGAUGAUGGUACACAACACAGCCUCAACCGUGUCAAACGCAUAAAAAAGUAAAUGUUAUGGGUCACAUAUGACAUAUUUCACAGCACUCACCAUUUCAUAUUUGAAACCGCACAAUCCACUGGCGGUGUGUUGACUCGUGCCAAUCCGUGAUGGUCUAAGCAAAAUGUUUUUUCACGUUAACUCCCAGAUUAGCAUUUUUUUGUCAUGUCGCACACGUCACGCUACGCCAAAAAAAAUUUGAUCCCAAAGAGUAUAUGAUAAUAUUUACAUUAGAAGGACCAACAAAUGGUUUUAAUAUAAAAUAUUUUUGUCUGGAGUGAAACGUUGCUUUAAAAUGUUGUUUAGAAAACACAAAUUUUAAAAAAACCUGAAUAUACCAUGUACCAUUUGUUUGUAGAAAGUAAUUGUGACACGUACUAUCUAUACUGUAGGGGCCAAUAUCAAUGAAUGUCCAGCCAGAGUCAUAAAGUUGAUAUUAUGGCAACAAUUAAAAAAAAAAAAAAAAACAUGAGAAAAGUCUGAAUCAUUGUGUUUUUGUUGUUGUUUUUUUCAGUGAAAUUUUGGCUUUGUUGUAAUUGAAACCGCUGAAAUUGUUUCAAAUAAAAAACUGCCACUUAAUGCCGUUCAGCCCGGCUA